CCCAAAGACUCCAUUUUUAUAAAUCACUAAUAAUCAUUUGAAUUCAACCACAAAUCUAGCUACUCAGAUCUGCAAACUUGGCGUACACCAAACUGUAUUAUGAACUGGUUUUUACUAACUGCUGUUUUGCUCAAUGCUCAUCUGGCAGCUUCUUCCUCCUUGGCCGCGAAACAGCCGCCGCCUGCAAGACAACUCCCUCCGGCUGCGUAUCUUAAAACAACAUAUUACCAGAAAUCAUGCCCCAAUCUUGAAUCCAUCAUUCAUCGGAGAAUAAGCUAUUGGGUCAAGAGAGAUUACACCCUCGCAGCUGCCAUUAUCCGCCUGCAUUUCCACGACUGCGCCGUCAGGGGCUGCGAUGCAUCUGUCCUGCUGAAUCAUUCCGGCAGCGAGAGGGCAGCCGAGGCCAGCAAGACACUCCGGGGAUUCGAUGUGAUCAACGACAUCAAACGAGCGGUGGAGAAGCAGUGCCCCAGGACUGUCUCCUGCGCGGACAUUCUAACCGCCGCCGCCCGCGACGCCACUCUGUUCGUUGGAGGUCCUUUCUGGGAAGUGCCGUUCGGGAGAAAGGACGGUCGGAUUUCAGGGGCGAAGGAAGCUGAGGCCGUGCCACAGGGCUACGAGAACGUCACGUCAUUGCUCAAUUUCUUCGACAAAUUAGGACUCACAUUCGUCGACAUGGUCGUCCUGUCGGGAGCCCACACAAUUGGCAGAUGCACCUGCCAUGCCAUCAAGCGCAGGCUGUAUAACUUCACCGGAAACGGGAAGCCCGAUCCUUCCAUGAACGUCAAUUACCUGAAGUUGCUGAGGGAUCAGUGCAAAUCGGACAGGAAUUUCGUGAAUUUAGAUGCGACAACUCCUAGGGUUUUCGACGUCGACUAUUACAGGAACCUGUGGAAGAAGAUGGGGCUGCUGUCGACCGAUCAGCAGCUGUUUUCGAAUCCUGGGACCGGCGGCCUGGUCGACGUCCUGGCGCGGCAGCCGGAGUUCUUCCUCAGCCAGUUUGCGGUGUCGAUGGUGAAGUUGGGGAAUGCCAACGUGCUGGUAGGACAAAACCAGGGCGAAGUCAGAUUGAAGUGUGACUAUGUCAACUAUUGAUCGUCCGCCGCCAUUGCCAAUGCUCCUCCAUCUUCGUGGCGACAUGGAAUGACCUUCCAUACUUCGUUUCCAUUUAUUUGUCUGUUUUAUUGCAUUUAUUAAAGCUGUAUUUUAUGGCUAAAGGAUAUACUAUAUUUUUUCGGAUGUAAAUUUGUCAAUAUUUUGUCAAACCCAAACAUUUGACUAC